GCGCAGUCCAGAGGACACCAGAAGGGGUCCAUUGUCCCCUCAACACAGCAUCCUAGAAUUAUUCAUUCACAUAUAAUAACAUUUUUACAUGUAAAAUGUCGUAAAAUAUAUUUUGUAAAGUUGCUUAUCAAUGGUGUAAACACGGGGAUAUGUGGCGUUUGCUAGUCCUGGCGCUGGCCGCCACGCUGGCGGCUGCGGAUGAGAAGAGAAAGUUCUCCAACCCCACUUACUAUAAUGUCGGGGGGGUGUUGUCCAGCAAUGAGUCCAUCGCUUUCUUCAAGGACACAAUCUCUAAUCUGAAUUUCAAAGACCAAUACGUGCCUCGAGGCGUCACCUACCAUGACUACUCCAUCCUCAUGGACCCCAACCCGAUCAAAACGGCCAUGAACGUCUGCAAAGACCUCAUUGCACAUCGAGUGUAUGCAGUAGUGGUGUCCCACCCUUUGACCGGCGACCUGUCUCCUGCCGCUGUAUCAUAUACCAGCGGCUUCUACCACAUUCCCGUGAUCGGCAUCUCCUCUCGGGACUCCGCUUUUUCUGACAAAAACAUCCACGUGUCCUUUUUGAGGACCGUCCCUCCUUACUCCCACCAGGCUGACGUUUGGGUGGACGUGUUGAAGCACUUCAAUUAUAUGAAAGUCAUUGUGAUACACAGCUCCGACACUGACGGACGAGCUAUUUUGGGCAGGUUCCAAACGACAUCGCAGAGCGUGGAUGAUGACGUGGACCGCAAGGUGGUGGUGGAGCAGGUGAUCGAGUUCGAGCCAGGGUUGGACUCCUUCAGCGGCAAGCUGGUAGACGUCAGGAGCGCGCAGGCCCGGGUCUUCCUCAUGUAUGCCAGCAAAACCGACGCGGAGAUAAUCUUCCGCGACGCGAUGUACUUAAACAUGACGACGGCGGGGUACGUGUGGGUGGUGACGGAGCAGGCGCUGGACGCCGCCAACGCGCCCGAGGGUCUGCUGGGCCUCCGGCUGGUCAACGCCACAAACGAGCGAGCGCACAUCCAAGACUCCAUUUACGUGCUAGCAUCAGCCAUCCGAGACAUGAACAACACAGAGGAGAUCUACGCCCCGCCGUCAGACUGCGACAACUCUGGCUCCAUCUGGAACACGGGCCGGGCGCUGUUCGACUUCGUGCGCCGCCAGCGGUUGGACAACGGCGCGACGGGACACGUGGCCUUCGACGACCAUGGCGACCGCGUGCAUGCUGAGUACGAUAUGGUCAACGUGCGCGCGCAGGGAGAACAUGUUGCUGUUGGCAAAUAUUUUUACUCUAAAGAAACGCAAAAAAUGCGAUUAGAGUUGAAGGAACAAGAAAUUAUUUGGAUGGGAAGAAGCCCUUCAAAACCUGAGGGAUUUAUGAUACCAACUCACCUCAAGGUAUUGACAAUAGAAGAAAAGCCAUUCGUUUAUGCUAGACGAAUAGAUUACGAAAAUGAUUGUACGGAGGAAGAAAUUCUAUGUCCUCAUUACAACGCUAGUGAUGAUAUAGGUCAAUUGUACUGCUGCAAAGGAUUUUGUAUGGACCUUUUGAAACAGUUGUCCAAAGUGAUUAACUUUACGUAUUCCCUUGCUCUCUCACCCGAUGGUCAGUUCGGGAACUACAUUAUUAAAAACCUGUCGGUACCAGGAGCUAAGAAGGAAUGGACAGGACUGAUAGGGGAAUUAGUAUAUGAACGUGCUGACAUGAUAGUAGCUCCACUGACUAUAAAUCCUGAAAGAGCUGAAUUUAUUGAAUUCAGUAAGCCGUUUAAAUAUCAGGGAAUCACCAUUUUAGAAAAGAAGCCUUCGCGCUCCUCCACACUCGUGUCUUUCUUGCAACCUUUCUCCAACACCCUCUGGAUCCUCGUGAUGGUGUCAGUGCACGUGGUGGCUCUGGUGUUGUACCUUCUGGACCGGUUCUCGCCGUUCGGGAGGUUCAAAUUGGCGAAUAUUGACGGCACAGAGGAAGAUGCGUUGAAUCUGUCCAGUGCUAUUUGGUUCGCUUGGGGCGUGCUGCUGAACAGCGGCAUUGGUGAAGGCACCCCACGCAGUUUCUCAGCGCGCGUGCUAGGCAUGGUGUGGGCCGGGUUCGCGAUGAUCAUCGUCGCGUCCUACACCGCUAACCUGGCUGCCUUUCUCGUGUUGGAGCGACCCAAGACCAAGCUCACUGGCAUCAACGACGCGAGGUUACGCAACACGAUGGAGAACCUGACGUGUGCGACGGUGAAGGGUUCCGCAGUGGACAUGUACUUCAGGAGGCAGGUGGAGCUGUCCAACAUGUACCGCACCAUGGAGGCCAACAACUACGACAACGCCGAGCAGGCCAUCGACGAUGUUAAACAAGGGAAGUUGAUGGCGUUCAUCUGGGACUCGUCCCGACUGGAGUUCGAGGCGGCGCAGGACUGCGAGCUGGUGACGGCGGGCGAGCUGUUCGGCCGCUCGGGCUACGGCGUGGGGCUCCAGAAGGGCUCCCCCUGGGCGGACCUCGUCACGCUCGCUAUACUCGACUUCCAUGAGAGCGGUAUAAUGGACAAUCUCGACAACGAGUGGAUAUUACGCAACAACCUCUUGAACUGCGAGGAGAACGAAAAGACGCCGAAUACUUUAGGCUUGAAGAACAUGGCGGGGGUGUUUAUACUGGUGCUGGCGGGCAUCAUCGGGGGCAUUGUGCUGAUUGUCAUUGAGGUGGUGUACAAGAGGCACCAGAUCAAGAAGCAGAAGCGGCUGGAGAUCGCGCGCCACGCCGCCGACAGAUGGCGCGGAGCCGUCGAGAAACGCAAAUCAUUACGAGCGUCGCUGCUGCCGCCUCAGCGCAGAGUGAAGUCGAAUGGCGUGAAGGAGGCGGGGAGCAUCAGCCUGGCGGUGGAGCGCGGCGCCCGCAGACGCGACGAGCCCCGGGUACCUCGAUACCUCCCUGCUUACACCCCGGAUGUGUCGCAUUUGGUCGUCUAAAUACGCCCCUGUUUGUGUGAUUGUCACGAAUUUAAAUGCACGAGUUUAUUUAUUUUUUAAUUAGCUUUUGCCCCCGGCUUCGCCCGAAUGGAAGUAUUUUUUAGCAAAAUGUUUCCGGCAAACUUGUACUACCUAUUUCAUCCACAUAGAGAUGGAUUUCCGAGAUAAAACCUACAAAUAUUUUGCUAACUUCCUUACAGUCAAAAUCCAAUUAAACUGUCGAAGUCGAAUGUCGAAGAUUAAAUUUAACAGACAAAAUAAUCUACAAAAAAAUUUUACUACACUUUAUUUAUUUCUUGGUAUGGACUUCCAUACCAAUACGAAUUAGUCAUUAAUUAAAUAUGUCUCAAAAUAUCCGUCCCCCUAGUAAUAUAACCGUGUUUUUUGUGUAUUUUUAUAGGCAUAAUUGUGGAAAAUUUAAUUUCUUAACAUAAUCCAACACUGAAUUCCAUUCUGUAUAAUUUAAAGCCUAAAAUCGUUAAUAUGUGUGUAAGUGUGAAUAUAUUUCAAUUCUAGAUUAUAUAAAAUAUAAAUUUCACUUUGCUACUUUUAAGUAGCAAAGUAUAGAGCGGGGGCAAAAUUAUGUUACGUAUUUCGCAGUAUUCAAAAGAACGAUUUUGCCCACGGGUUCGUAUGUUUCCCACGGGAACAGUUUUUUUCGUGAUUGAAAGUAUGCCUUUCUCUUAUAUGUAAAAAUCAAGAUUAUUGAUUAGAACACAUUUUUUAUUUAAAUCUGUUCACUAGAGCCACCAUAUUCUACAGUAAAUUGUGUCCAAUAAUUUAGUUGUCGCUAUUAGUUAUUUUUUUUUUAUUUUAACUUAAAAGAAAAAAAUGUGGUGGCGCUAGUGUGCCGGUGGCUCAGUAAUAUAAAUCUUCAAGUGUGGAUGUCGGCUGUGUGGUGUUCCUCGCGAGGCUGGCGUGUGACACUGCUCCAGUCUUCAUCUAACAUUAUCUACCAAUAUUUCGUUAUUGUUACUCAGAGUAGGUUUUUUUUUUGAGCGUACCCAAAUUGGUAGUAUAUUUGUAAGUCAAUUUCAAUCAUAGCUAAUACUAAUAGAUAGGUAUGGAACACCACUUGUUAGUCAAUAUUAGAAUUAAAUAAGAUUUAAAAAAAUAUAUAGUUCGUGAAAAAAUAUUAUAAAUAAAUUCUAUAGACCUUUUAAGUUCGUAUGUGUUAGCAAAGUUAUAUACAAAUUGACUUAUUGUUAAAUAUCCUUAUUG